AUGGCUUCAUUUGGGAACGACAAGGCCGAUGAAGAGGCAGAACCCCUGUACUCGUCACGAAGAGACGAGUCUGAAUGCCACUGUCAGCGCAAGCGACCGCGACGCUAUCUGUGUUUGGGAGCUUCACUGCUAUACCUCUUGCUUGCUGUUCUUUAUAUAUUACUCUGGAUUCAAUUCUACAAAUUGAACUCCGCAGUGGCUACCGAUAUAAUUCCUGAUCUAUUUCCCUCUCUAGCAAGGGCAUCAGUAAUUCGCAAAGACAGCCGCGUGUUUCCUUUGACUGUUGCUGGUACACCAUUUGCUGGCGAUCCUAGCGCGGAACUUGACCAUGCAUGGCACGACUUAUUAAAAGAUACCACGAUUCGCGUGUCCAAAGACGAUCUUGCAUACUAUAAUGUCACUUCUUUGCCAUUAGCGGAUGGCUCCGGUUUCGCCUCUGAACUUUUCAUGACCCACGAGCUUCACUGUCUAAAAAAGGUUAGGCAAUGGAUCUACAAGGAAACCUAUUUCACGCACGUACAAGGACUUGAGCUUAAUGAAUUGAAAAGGCACGUAGAUCAUUGCAUCGAGACUUUGCGACAAGGCAUCAUGUGCCGUGGUGAUGUGUCACUGGGUACUUAUACGUAUCUUCGCGGCAGUAUUGAUGUCACAGCUCGCAGUUGGGGGAAACAUCAGUGUGUAGAUUUCGAAGCGUUGAUUACAUGGGCACGAGAGCGUGCUGUUGACGUUGCACAGCCUGGCGUGCUGGCGCAGGCUGAAAGUCUAGGGGACGAACACUUCACUGAUAGAAAGCCACCUCAUUAAUCACACCUACAUAUUCCUUCUUCCCGCGUUCUACAUUACUGACCCUGCCGACUAAUUACUCGUUGGUAGCACGUGGCUCAGGGGUUUAUGGAAUGGAUUUCGCGAUCCCAGUCAUGUAGCGCCUCCUCUCUUGUAAUACCCCAUUGAUCCGCCCAGGUUUUCAAGCCUUCGAAGUUCCGACACGUCCGCUCCGUUUGCCACCCAGAAAUACCCCGGGCAGUGUAAUUCAUGUCCUCUAGAUUAGAAUCAGCCAGGCAAAUCAAUGAUUGUCGAAGGUAUUCGAAGCAAUGGCGGAUAUGAUGAGAACUAGUGCGAUGAUUGGCUUCUUGAUCAUCGCCACCAAGCUCUGCCAAUGUACCGUCCAAAGAAGCGAAGUACGCGACGCGCAAAAUAUUCUAGGAUUUAGAACACCCAGUCAGUCAUGGAAUGGAUCGUUCGCCGGGUCAGAUACUGCAUACCAGACAGUGCAACUCGUGAAAAACAGCAACGCCAGCAACAUUAGGCGCCAGUUUCGGGUGUUUAACAAAGCCCAGCUUUUCCGGGAAGAGAGAGUCCCAGAGGGAAUCGCUUUUCGAAUCAGAACGCUGAGCAAAAGACCCGUUGAAGUGCAUAUAGUAAUGUAAGUCACCGACGGGU